AUGUUAUCGCCAAGCAGCACCAACUCGCGCAAGCUAGCGCACGACGAUGCCGCCAGCACCGCCGUCGAGCCCGUCGCCCACGACGCCUUUGAGCGCCAUCCCUCGCACUCGCCCGACGUGGAGCGCCAGGCCGGCAGCGGGCCCAUGUCGCGCCUCAGCGUCGAGAGCGACCCCUACGGCCUCAUUACCCGCUACAAGACCGACUCAGACCUGGAGCAGCUCAAGGCAAACUCGUCCCGCAAGCGCCGCGGCUGCGCGCCCCUGACGGCCAGCGGCCCCGUGUCGUCGGCGGCCGGUCCCAUGCCGCAACGCAACGUCCGCAAGCUUCGCGGCUUCUACGAGAACCAAAACGCCGUCAUCGAGCGCAUGCUCAAGUCGGUCGAGGAGCACCGCGCCGACGCCCGCCAAGAGCAGGGCGAUGACCAGCUCAAGUACCGCAUCGCCGUCUACGGCUCCUUUGCCGCCAACGUGGUGCUCGCCGGCCUGCAGCUCUACGCCGCCAUCACGUCGGGCUCGCUGUCGCUCUUCACCACCAUGGCCGACGCCAUCUUCGAUCCCCUCAGCACCAUGACGCUCAUCCUGUCGAGCCGCGCCAUCAAGCGCGUCGACCCGUGCCGCUUCCCCGCCGGCAAGGCCCGUCUGGAGACGGUAGGCAACAUCAUCUUUUGCUUCCUCAUGACGACCGUGUCCGUCGUCAUCAUGGCCUUUGCGGCGCAGGAGCUGGUGCAGGCGCGGCCGGACAAGCAAUUCCACCUGGCCUCGGUCAUCUCCGUCUGCGCCGCCUUUUCGACCAAGCUGGCCCUGUUUUUGUACUGCUGGUCCAUCAAGGACCGAUACAGCCAGGUCAACAUCCUGUGGCAGGACCACCGCAACGACCUGUUUAUCAACGGCUUCGGUAUCCUGACGUCGGUGGGCGGGGCCAAGCUAGAGUGGUGGAUCGACGCGACGGGGGCCAUCUUGCUGUCGCUGCUCAUCUCGGGCGUGUGGCUGCACACGGCGUUUGGCGAGUUCAUGCUGCUCGUGGGCGUGGUGGCGUCGGUGGACAUGCAGCAGCUGCUGACGUACGUGUGCCUGACGCACUCGCCGGCCAUACGGGGCAUCGACACGGUGCGCGUGUACCACUCGGGCCCGCGGUUGAUCGCCGAGGUGGACAUAGUCAUGGACCCGUCGAGCUCGCUGGCCGAGGCGCACGACGUGGCCGAGGAGCUGCAGGUCAAGCUCGAGUGCCUGCCGGACGUGGAGCGGGCCUAUGUCCACAUUGACUACGAGACGACGCACAAGCCGGAGCACGCGUUCAAGAAGGACCUGUGA